CCUAUUUCUUUUCUUUUUAGGUCAAGAUGAUUUGAUGCUUCCCUAUCUCAACCAAAGCAGUUUCAAAGUUAAGAACCUACCCUUUAUUUCUAUUGCCAAAUUGGAUGUAUAUUUGGUGUUGGAAAGUAAUUAGCUUAUUCUCUGUAGUAACAUGGGGGAGAGAUUUCAAAAAGGGAUCAAAUGAAGUCAUUUUCUAAAGGUUUCUCUCUCCCCAAGUUGGAGCCUUUCUCAUAUCCUCCCCCACUCUUUAAAUCUCCCACCAGUCAUCACUCUUUAUUUCUAAUCAAAAUCCUCUGCCACCAAAGGAUCCAAAUUAAUUAGAACCCAAGUGGGGAAAAAAAGGAGGCACAGAAAAUGGAACAAGAACAGCAGCUGAGCACCAGAUGGGAAGGCUAUGUUGACUGGAGGAACAGAGCUGCAAUCAGAGGCCGCCAUGGUGGCAUGCUUGCCUCCUCCUUCGUCUUGGUGGCGGAGAUAUUGGAGAACUUGGCAUAUCUGGCAAAUGCAAGCAAUUUGGUACUUUACUUAUCACAGUAUAUGCAUUUAUCUCCAUCCAAAGCGGCCAACAAUGUCACAGACUUCAUGGGCACAGCCUUCCUUCUGGCCCUUCUUGGUGGUUUCUUAUCCGAUGCUUUUUUCACAACUUAUCACAUCUACUUGAUAAGUGCAGUUACUGAAUUUCUGGGUUUAAUCAUGCUCACAGUGCAAGCUCGCUUACCUUCACUGAAGCCACCAACAUGCAGUCCAGACAGCCUCAAUAAUCCAUGCCAAGAAGUUGAAGGUGGAAAGGCUGCCCUGCUGUUCAUAGGCCUCUAUCUGGUGGCGUUGGGUGUUGGAGGGAUAAAGGGCUCCUUACCUUCACAUGGAGCUGAGCAAUUCGAUGAGAGCACCCCACAAGGAAGGAAGCAGAGAUCAACCUUCUUCAACUACUAUGUAUUCUGCCUCGCUUGCGGAGGCCUAAUUGCGGUGACGCUGGUGGUGUGGAUUGAGGACAACAAAGGAUGGGAAUGGGGUUUUGGAAUUGCAACUAUUAGCAUAUUGUUGUCUAUACCGGUCUUUCUUGCUGGCUCCACUCUUUACAGGAACAAGAUACCUUGUGGAAGUCCACUGACAACAAUUUUGAAGGUUUUGAUUGCUGCAACACUUCACAGUUGUAUGACCAAAAGUCCAAGCAAUGCCAUUGCAAGCAUGGCCCCAACCCCUUCUUCUCCAACCACAACCAGCAAAGCAAUCCAAGAAGGAAACGCCACGGAGAAGGAGGCUUCCACUGCUGAUGAUCAAGAUCAAGCCCCAACACAAAGCCUCAAAUUCCUAAACAGAGCAGUGCAGGUGAACAACCCAGCGCAUAAGGCACUAGAAUGCACAUUGCAACAAGUAGAAGAAGUCAAAAUUGUGCUGAAAAUCCUCCCCAUAUUCGCUUGCACCAUCAUGCUCAAUUGCUGCUUAGCUCAGCUCUCAACAUUCUCUGUCCAGCAAGCUGCAACCAUGGACACCAAGCUUGGUUCUUUGAAAGUCCCACCAGCUUCUCUCCCCAUUUUCCCUGUACUCUUCAUCAUGAUCCUAGCACCAGUCUAUGACUUCUUCAUCAUCCCAUUUGCAAGAAAAUCGACAAAAUCCGAAAUGGGGAUCACUCACUUGCAACGAAUCGGAAUCGGUUUAGCUCUGUCCAUCAUUGCAAUGGCAAUAGCAGCUCUUGUCGAGAUUAAGCGAAAGCGAGUUGCUUCCAACUCGGGGCUACUCGACUUGAAAGAGCCAUUGCCCAUCACAUUCUUUUGGGUUGCACUUCAGUACUUGUUCCUUGGGUCUGCAGACCUCUUCACAUUGGCUGGACUGUUGGAAUUUUUCUUCACAGAAGCACCAACAAGCAUGAGAUCUUUGGCCACAUCUCUUACCUGGGCAUCUUUGGCCAUGGGGUAUUAUCUUAGCUCAGUGAUUGUUUCUGUAGUUAACGAUGUUUCAGGCAAAUACUCCAAGCACAAAUGGCUCUCUGGAAGCAACCUAAACCAUUACCAUCUUGAGAGAUUCUACUGGCUCAUGUGUGUUCUCAGUGGAUUAAAUUUCUUACACUACCUUUUCUGGGCCACCAGAUACAAAUACGGACCAGGAAGACCAAAUAAGUAAAGUAAAACAGAGUUUUGGGAUGUAUUCUCAACUUGUCAGACAACUACUUGGGCUGUAAACGCUGCAUCUUCGUUGCCUUGCAGUGCAAGGAAGAUCAAAUCUUGGGCCAAUUAGGGCCUGCACAGAAAUGGGAUCUAAGAACAGUUUA